UUUGAUCACGUGAUCCCUCUUCUUUCUCUCGAAUCUCUCCAGACGCUAAAGUUCAAAGCCCUCGAUCUCAGAUUGUCUUUCUCUUUAAAAGACAAAGACAAGGCCUCCCUUCCUUUCCCUGUCGCGAAAAAGAAGACUCUUCUCGGAAAACCGCCCAAGUACCACAAGAAACCAAAAAUAGAUUCCGAGAUAUAAAUAGUUGCCGUCAUGGGAAGAAAGAAGAUCCAGAUCACCAGAAUUCAAGAUGAGAGAAGUAGACAGAUAACUUUCAGUAAGCGUAAAGCAGGCCUCUUAAAGAAAGCCUACGAAUUGAGCAUACUCUGUGACGUGGAGAUAGCAGUCAUAAUGAUUGCCCACAACAGCAAACUCUAUCAGUAUGCCUCCUCUAACAUGAACUCAAUACUGAUAAGGUAUACCGAGUUUAAGGACCCUGACGAGAGCAAAACGAAUGCCGAUAUCUUGGAGGAUAUUACAAAGAAGGAAAGAGGUCGUGGGGAUGAUCUGGAUGGAGACGAUGACUCCAUAGAUGCUUCAAUGUUGUUAGCAGGAGACGGAGGAGGAGGAGGAGGAAGUGUUCCUCCUAGAAGAGUAGCUGUCUCUGUCCCUCCAUUGAGCCCCAACACUCAGGCACAGUAUCAGAGGAUUGAUGAGGAGUUUGAUCAUGUCCUCCAUACUGAGUUACAACAGGCUCCACCACAGCCAGUCCCGUCACCAGUCCCUCCUUCACUAGUUCAUGUGCUGCCCACUAAAGUACCUGAUGCUAUGCCCGUCAGUGUCCCUGUAAAGAGACUUAGUUCCACGGGCUCUUCAUCGCUUACUGAUUCUCCCAUCACUCCUGGUAGCUUCCCUCUAAAGACGAUAAAGUCCCCUCUCUCUGUUGGCAGUACUGGCUCUAUGCCUCCACCUGCUGGGACUCCAACUCGCUUGCAAACCAUACGGAGUCAGACCUUGAAGUUACACUUACCUGGUGGUGGUCGUAACUAUAUCCCUCUAUCUUAUUCCGGUAAAUCUCCUCUUGUUGAUGAGGGAGGAGGAGGAGGAGGAGGAGAAGCUGAUGGUGACAAUGAAUCAACAAGCAAUAGGCCACAGCUAAGCGUUGUCAUUCCAGGCCAGAAAGGAUUCAUGUCACGAACAAUUCCUUCCUCUCCUCCCCCAUCAGCUGAAGGUGAUAAUGACCACGCCCCUCUGUCUUCCUCCUCGGAUGAUAGCCCCUCUGAGCAAAAACCUGUUCCUUUAACAGUUGCUACUUCUCACUUUCAUCCGCCUCCAGUCACAGUCAACACAGACUCACUGACCACGCCCAUAAUGUCAUUGACCACACCCAGUUUGUUUAGUAGCGUUCAACCUGGUCUGUCUAGUUUUGCGGCCGACGUCCCGGGGUUAGGUGAUAUUGGCUCCGCCUCUGCUCUUGUAGCAUUUCCAGUAAACAUACAACCAUCUUCCACUGGUAAUCCGUCGGCUAGUGGCCCCGGGGGGAAUAUUGUCAUUCAAGCUCAGAACACUGGUCAGCCAUUUUUACUCACCCCCAAGCAGACCCCGGGGGCCGUUCACACGUCGGGAGGACUCCUUUCGACUCCGCCCAAUUCAAGCCUCCGAGAUCUUGAGCAGUUGAAGUUACAAUACGACAAAAUCUACCAACAAAUAUCACAGACUUUACAGCAGCACAGUCAUGGAGGGGGAGGGCAAAGUGGAGCUCAAAACAAUGAGCAUAAAGAUUCCAAGCCUCUUACUGAUAGCAAUGGCAAGCUUGAUAGUAACAGGACUGAAGUUAUUGUACCAGGCCCUCCUCCUCCUCUCCCUCGAGUUACAGUUUCCUUGGGUGAUAGCAUUAGGGAAGACAGUGAUGAUUAUGAUGAAGAUUAUGAAGAGGAGAUAAGUCCUCCGUCAGCUAAGAAGCCUCAUUAUGAGUCUAUUGAUAGUGCUGCUACUGAUGGGAGUAACAACAAUAAUGAUGAUGAUAUGACUGAUGAGUAGUUUUGUAUAGCAAUGCAUCUAUGUUUAUACACAGUGACACACAGAGAGAUUUUAGUUCACUUUUUCAUAUUAUUCAUAAUUUUAAGAAC